UUCGACUAAAUACACCAAACGACCCAUACCAACAAGGAUCAUCACGAUCAUGUAUUUCGUAUGCAAGUGUUUUUUCACAAAUAACAUUUUUAUUCAGAGAUAUAACCUACAUGUUACUUACCAUGACAAUCAACAGUUUGAACGUGAUUAUCUACAGUUACUCAGAAAACGUGGGUGUGAUACAAAGGAGAAACUUCAGGAAGUUUAUGAAGAAAUUCAGAGGGAAAUUGACAGAAGAAAACGUCUCCAAGAAGAAAGUUUGAAAAGAAAAGAAAUAAUUUCGACUAAAUACAAACCUCGACAUCCUGCAAUUUACCAUUUAAAGGAGGAAUACCUGGCAUCUGAAUUCUUAGACAUUGUCAGCUUCUGUAAAUCUAACAAAACUGCUUCAUAUGACGAAAUUGUCAGCAAAAUCAACGUUUGUGCGGAUCGAGUUUACGCAUUUCCUUUCUUCACUGAUGAGUUUUGCCGCUUGUUUGUAGAAGAAAUGGAACACUUUGAAGAGAGCGACUGUCCGAAAGGUCGUCCAAACACGAUGAAUAAACACGGGGUUCUUCUGAAUGAGAUUGGAUUCGAUGAGAAUUUCUUGUCACCCCUGCGAGAGAACUAUCUGACGCCAAUCACCAGCCUCCUUUAUCCGGAUGUAGGCGGGGCCAGUCUAGACUCCCAUAAAGCAUUUGUUGUGACGUAUAAACUUGGUGAAGAUACGGACCUGAACUAUCACUAUGACAACGCAGAAGUCACCUUAAACGUUUCAAUGGGAAAGGAAUUUUCCGGUGGUGAACUUUACUUUGGUGAUUUGUUUGAACCUCACAAGGCACCCAGUCAGAGUGUAAAAUACGCCGAGUACUCACACAGGCCAACUAUAGCCCUGCUUCAUAGAGGGCAGCACAGACACGGCGCAUUACCGAUAACUAGUGGUGAACGGUACAAUUUAAUUAUAUGGAUGCGAUCAUCGGACAUACGAAAUAGCUGUUGUCCCAUGUGUUCCAACGAACCCGAUCUAAUUCGUUCCGUGGGGUUCGGUGAUGGAUUUACAAAGCAAGAAGAAAUUGUUAAUGUUUGUACUGUUUAAUCAAUUAUAAGCUUAUUAAAACGUAUUGCACACAUUUUUAAAAUAUUUCUUGACUUAAAAUUAUUACAAAGAAUAUAUGGAUGUAAAAUACUCUGGAAUAGUGCAACAUGUACAAUUUAUCACAUUCAUCAACAAAUGGCAAAAAAUAAAAUGUGUUCUAUCUAAAAGGGAAAAACUGCAUGAAAGUAUUAAACAGUAUACAUGGUUACAAAACCGACUUCCACAUAAUUAUUGGG